AUGAAUUUUGUAUAUCAUAAUCGUCACAAUAUAAUAAUUGUUUUAAAAGCAAGUAGCCUAAUAUUUAGUAUUACAACAAUAUUAUUGAAGGUGAUAAGUUAUACAUAUUAUCGUGAUGAAUUACUUGAAUUACACAAUACAAUGGAUUCAUUUAUUGAUGACCAUAUAAAAGAUGAUAAAUUAGCAUCUGUUAUGAUUAUGAAAAAAAUAACUGGUCAACAAAUUGCAUGGAUUUCAAUAUAUAUAUGGUAUAAAUUAUUACAAGCAUUUUUAUAUGCUUGGCUGGGUGAAGAAAUUUUUAUGGCUAAUAAUGAAUUUCAAUUGGCUGCUUACAAAAGUAGUUGGGAGUAUUAUAAUAUUAAAUCAUAUAGCUAUUUUACUAGUAUGCUAUUAAUUCAAAAACCUAUGUAUCUUGAAGCUUGUGGUUUAGUAGAAAUAUCAGCACAAAUGUUUGCAAAGGUAACAAGUUAUAUUUAUUAUCGAAAUGAUUUACUUGAAUUACACAAUAUACUGGAUACAUUUAUGGAUGAACAUAUAAAAGAUGAUAAAUUAGCAUCUGUUAUGAUUGUUCCAUUAUUAGUUUUUUCUAAAAAAUUAACAAUACCAAUAAUAAUAUGUGCAUAUGCAAUAAUGAUGGAAACAAUAACUGGUCAACAAAUUGCAUGGAUUUCAAUAUAUAUAUGGUAUAAAUUAUUGCAAGCAUUUUUAUAUGCACGGAUGGGUGAAGAAAUUUUCAUAGCCAAUACUAAAUUUCAAUUGGCUGUUUACAAUAGUGGUUGGGAAUGUUUUAACAUAAAAUCAUAUAGCUAUUUUAUUAAUAUGCUAUUAAUUCAAAAACCUAUGUACCUUGAAGCUUGUGGUUUAGUAGAAAUAUCAGCACAAAUGUUUGCAAAGAUAAUAAAUACGUCAAUGUCAUAUUUUUUUCUAUUGCAAACACUCAAUCAAGAUUAA